CCCAGGGUCUGUUCCCGCCUCUUGGGCUAGGCCCGAAAGGGGCGGAACGCUGUAGUGCGGCUGGUGGUUUCUCUUCCGGACGGAAAAGAGGAGCGUACUGAGCGUCGCGUCGCGGGAGCAGCUCUUUGGUCCGGUUUGGUUCCCCGCUCCCGCGACAUGGCCUUCAAUUUUGGGGCUCCCUCGGGCACCUCGGGCAGCGCUGCAGCCACCGCGGCCCCCGCGGGAUUUGGUGGGCUUGAGACUGCCAACUCCACCGCCAGUGGGUUUAAUUUUGGGGGUUUCGGAUUAACUGCUAAUCCUGCAGUGAACUUUAAUAUUGGGAAUUUCGGUGUUUCUACUACCUCGGCGACUCCGUUCAAUUUUGGUAACAGUCUGGCAAGUGCAGGUGGGUUUGGAGGAUUUGGUACAACAUCUACAACUGCAGGUUCUGCGUUCAGCUUUUCUGCCCCAACUAACACAGGCACUACUGGACUCUUUGGUGGUACUCAGAACAAAGGUUUUGGAUUUGGUACUGGUUUUGGCACAACAACAGGAACUAGUACUGGUUUAGGUACUGGUUUGGGAACUGGACUGGGAUUUGGAGGAUUUAACACACAGCAGCAGCAACAGCAGCAAAAUACAUUAGGUGGUCUCUUCAGUCAGCCUGCCCAAGCUCCUACCCAGUCCAACCAGCUGAUAAAUACUGCAAGUGCUCUUUCUGCUCCGACACUAUUGGGAGAUGAAAGAGAUGCUAUUUUGGCAAAAUGGAAUCAACUGCAGGCAUUUUGGGGAACAGGAAAAGGAUAUUUCAAUAAUAAUAUUCCACCAGUGGAAUUCACACAAGAAAAUCCCUUUUGCCGAUUUAAGGCAGUAGGUUAUAGUUGUAUGCCCAAUAAUAAAGAUGAAGAUGGGCUAGUGGUUUUAGUUUUCAACAAAAAGGAAACAGAUAUUCGAAGCCAACAACAGCAGUUGGUAGAAUCACUGCACAAAAUUUUGGGAGGAAACCAGACCUUAACUGUAAAUGUAGAGGGUAUUAAAACAUUGCCAGAUGAUCAGACAGAAGUUGUCAUUUAUGUUGUUGAACGUUCUCCAAAUGGUACAUCAAGAAGAGUUCCAGCUACAACAUUAUAUGCACAUUUUGAACAAGCUAAUAUAAAAACACAAUUGCAGCAACUUGGUGUAACACUUUCUAUGACUAGAACAGAACUAUCUCCUGCACAGAUUAAACAGCUUUUACAGAAUCCUCCUGCUGGUGUUGAUCCUAUUAUUUGGGAACAAGCCAAGGUGGAUAACCCUGAUUCUGAAAAGUUAAUUCCUGUACCAAUGGUGGGUUUCAAAGAGCUGCUUCGAAGAUUGAAGGUUCAAGAUCAGAUGACUAAGCAGCAUCAGACCAGAUUAGAUAUUAUAUCUGAAGAUAUUAGUGAGCUACAAAAGAAUCAAACUACAACUAUGGCCAAAAUUGCACAAUACAAGAGGAAACUCAUGGAUCUUUCCCAUAGAACCUUACAGGUCCUAAUCAAACAGGAAAUUCAAAGGAAAAGUGGUUAUGCCAUCCAAGCUGAUGAAGAGCAACUGCGGGUUCAGCUAGAUACAAUUCAGUGUGAACUGAAUGCACCUACUCAGUUCAAAGGCCGACUAAAUGAACUGAUGUCCCAAAUCAGAAUGCAAAAUCAUUUUGGAGCAGUCAAAUCUGAAGAAAGAUAUUAUAUAGAUGCAGACCUAUUGCGAGAAAUUAAGCAGGAUCCCUGUAGUGUAUUUCAAGUAAAGAAUAAGAAAGAUAAAGACUGUAUCAAACUAUGGAGCAACAAAAAGAUUUACAACAGAAGCACUGAUUAAAAUGAUGAAUGUCCCAAAUGGUGGAAGAAGCCUUUUGCCAGAGGAUGCAGAAGGAUUGGUUUCGGGACCUGGAACAGGAGCUGGACCUGGACCUGGACCUGGACCUGGAUCUGGACCUGGAGCUGGAGCUGGAGCUGUUAAUGAGAACACACAGUCACUGACACAUCAUUUUUUGGUAUCAAAUAUCAUCAUCUAUACCAUAUAUCCUGAAUAUGUAAAUGCUAUAAGUUAGAAGCUUACUGAAAUGCUUCUACUCGGGAACAAUUUUCAAAUAAAUGUAGUUCUUAAGAACUACAUUUACACACACACACACACACACACACACACACACAGAUCAUCAGGUCAUGCUGCUCUGGGUUUUAUCUAAGGUUUCACAGGAUUUAAAAGCCAAGAUAAUUUUUUAAGUUCUCUUGAAUUUCUUAGAAAUUUUUGUUUCUAUUUUCUGUAUAUUCGUGCAAAGUAAAGACUGUCUCUUCUAUUUCAAACAAGACAACACAUUUCACAUGCAUAUGCAAACCGCUUCCAGAUAAUAGCUUCCUUUUAAAGCAUUGAUUCUGCAAGCUGACAGAAAAUAGUUUUUCCUCUACGUAUACAUGGCUAUAGAGAAAACUGCUUUCCUUGCAUCUGAAUUCUUAUAGAGAAUCAGUGGACUCCAUCUACAGGAUAAUCCGUUUUAUGCUGCUCUAAACUCAGAUAAUGGAUUUAAGGUAUGUUUUUCUUUAAACAGACUGUACAGGGAAAGAUUAUCCCAAAUGGGAUAACCAGACUUCAUAAGUGAAACCAAGAAAAAGAAUUUUAUAAAAGCCUUCAUGUCACAGGACGUGGUGGUGCAUGCCUGUAAUCCCAGCGGCUCAGGAGGCUGGGACAGGAGGAUCCUGAGUUCAAAGCCAGCCUCAGCAAAAGCGAAGCACUAAGCUACUCAAUGAGACCCUGUCUCUAAAUAAAAUACAAAAACAGGGCUGAUGUGGCUCAGUGGUCAAGUGCCCCUGAGUCAAUUCCCAGUACCCCCCUCAAAAAAAGCCUUCAUGUCAAUUUAUUUGCCAUAGUUAUAAAUCUGCAGUUGUAUGAGACAGGGAAAUAGGAUAAACUCAUGCAUUAGUAUGUCAUCAUAGAACAGUGGUUCUCAAGAGUAUAGUAAGCCCUAAGAGGCAAUCUGGACAACUGUCAAAGGGAUUUUCUCUUUUAUUCUUUUUUUUUUUUUUUUUAAUGGUGCUGGGGAUUGAACCCAGGGCCUUGUGCAUGCAAGGCAAGCACUCUACCAACUGAGCUAGACACCCAGCCUGAUUUUCUUUUUUAUUGUUAUACCAAUGGGGUGCGGGUAGGAGGGCUAGAUAUGCUGAGAUGAUUAAGAGAGUUUUGCACAAUGAAAAAUCAACCUACUUCAUGCCCAACUUUCAAAUGCACUGCUAGACACAUAUGCAAGUUAAAAACCUAUUUAUAGUGAUUAAAUCCAGAAUCUAAAUCAGUUUUACAUAUAAACAAAAUAUUUUCAGAUGGUUUUAAUAAAAAUUAAACAUUUUUAUCUAGUA